AUGGGCCCGGGAUUGCGACUUCUCGCGUCUCGACCGAUCAUCCCAUCAUCGAAAUCUGGCUAUCCUCUCAGCCAGUAUCAAGGGUUCUGGUGCAGCCCUGACUUCCUAGAAGAUAUAAUCUUAUCUCAAGAAGGCUUCAAGGCUGAACCAAAUGACAUCUUUGUCUGCAGUGUGCCCAAAAGUGGUACCACUUGGCUCAAGGCUCUGACCUUCGCCAUUGUCAGAAGAAACCGCUAUGACACUUCCACGAGCCCUUUGCUCAGCAAGAUCUCCCAUGAUUGCAUUCCCACCUUAGCCAAAUUGACCAAGGAGCCAGAUAGCCGCGAGCCAGGGAUCCCUCUCGUAGGCACCCACACACCAUACACUGCCUUGCCAAAAUCCAUCUUGGAUUCUGAUUGCAAAAUUGUUUACAUUUGUAGGGAGCCAAAGGAUGCAUUUGUUGCCCUCUAUCAUUUUCUAGCCAAGCGCGCUCCCAAGAAAGAUGAGUUCGUUUCCCUGGAGGAGGCUUUUGAUCUUUUCUGUCAAGGGAAGUCCUUUUAUGGACCCUAUUUGGACCAUGUUUUAGGGUUCUGGAAAGCAAGUCAAGCAAGGCCGGGGAAGGUGUUGUUCCCGAAAUAUGAAGAUAUGAUGAAAGACACAGCGCCCUACGUGAAGAGAUUGGCAGAGUUUAUGGGGUACCCUUUCUCCUUAGAGGAAGAAGAAGCAGGGGCAGUGCAGAGAAUCGUAGAUCUGUGUGGUUUCGAGAAUAUGAGCAGUUUGGAAGUAAAUAAGUCCGGAUUAAGGAAGCCACAUGAAGUCAAAGUUGAAAACAGUUUCUACUUCCGGAAAGGCAGGAUUGGGGAUUGGAAGGAGUAUCUUACACCAGAGAUGGCAGAGCGUCUGGACAAGAUGAUGGAGCAAAAGUUUGCUGGAACUGGUUUGACCUUCCUAGUCUCAUGUUAGAGAUAGAGAGAAGCCAGAAUUACACUGCAGCAAGCUCACUGUCAUAGGUAGCUUGCGGUAAAAA